CUAUCUCGUAUGUGACUGUAGGAAGCUGGGAAGCGAGGGAGGCUCCACCGUGAGCUGCUUUCACGUCACACGGUGGUUGCUCGUCUGGAAGGAGUCCGAUGAUUGAUGCCACGGUCAGCUGUUGUGUGCUACUCCACCGUGUACGCUCACGACAAAGCACGCCGUGGGCCCUCCGAAAGAUGUGCGAGGUUUGCUGAGGGCUGAUUACGGGAAAGACUCGCUGCUGCUGUUGGAUUCGACCCGCGCGCGACGACCGUCUAUCGACGUGCGUGAGGGAGACGUGAUAUUUUGCUCGAGCACCAGGCCAAGAUGGUAGAGCCUAUCUUCGACUACCAAUUCCGUCUGAUACUGAUUGGCGACAGCACGGUCGGAAAGAGCUCCCUCCUCAAGUACUUCACCGAUGGCAAAUUCGCGGAGCUUUCAGAUCCAACUGUUGGUGUGGAUUUUUUUGCACGUUUAAUAGAAGUUAAGGAUGGCACAAGGAUAAAGUUACAAUUAUGGGAUACAGCUGGUCAAGAGAGAUUUAGGUCAAUUACAAAGUCUUAUUACAGAAACUCUGUAGGAGCACUCCUUGUAUAUGAUGUUUGUAAUAGGGCAAGUUUCGAACAUAUUCCCCAGUGGAUGAUGGAGGCUCGCAGACAUAUCGAGCCUCAUCGCCCGGUGUUUGCUCUAGUAGGCUGUAAGUUAGAUCUAGUAACUAAUGGCGGUAGACGAGAGGUUUCUAAAGAAGAAGCCCGUGCGUUUGCCGAUGAACACGGUGUACAUCAUAUUGAGACCAGUGCAAAGACUGGUGUAAAUGUUGAAGAAGCAUUUCGAACGGUUACGCAGGAAGUUUACAAUAGGAUACAAACUGGUGAAUACAAGGUAGAGGAUGGGUGGGAUGGCAUCAAAACUGGAUUUGCUAGGCCUGGUGGGUUAGAUUUUAAUCUAGUCGAGGCAGAACCGGCGAAGAGCUCGUGUUGUUAGGUCUAUCACUAUUUUGAUUUAUUUUUAAAGAAGAUUUAAGAAUGCAGAUGGAAUAGUUAUUGCAGGAGAGAAGUAUAUUAAAUGUAUAAUUUAAACAAUCAACGCGCAUAUAUAAACAUAUUGUAAUAUAUACUUGCUUAUGUUAUUCGGGCUAUAAAGUUAUUUAUUCUAUUAAUAUGCUUGCUGCAUAUUUGUACACACAAUUUAUUUUACUCACGUGGUAAAUAACUCUCUACUGCAUUCUUGUUUUAAGGGAAAGACAAUUUUAUCUAAAAAUAUGGUUGCAUAUGGACUAAAUACUUUUGUAUAUAGCUUGUACAUGUAUCAGAUGGCUAAUAAAUUCAUAUAAUUUUCUAGAGUAGUAAUUUUACAGUGAUAAAGAGAGAAUUAACAGACUUUCUCAAAAUAUAAGCAUUCUAAGAAAUUGAUCUUCUACAGACUAUAAAUUGAAAAAUUCUUAUGUUCGCGCGCAUAUACAUACGUCAAUAAAAUUAUCGCAUAAAUUUAUGUCAAACAUUUACAUAAUUUCAAGCAUAACACUGCAAACAAUCACAUUUUAAUUUUUCAAAAGAGGAGGCUAAAGUUGCCGUUAAACUUGAUCAGGGUCGAUAAUGUAGAAUCACUCGUGCACAUCAUUAACAAGAUUUUAUAUAUAUAUUUCUUUUAUAGAUUGGAAAUUCUUUUCCAGAAUUCAAGUAUUCUUUAUACCGAAAAUGAAAAAAUUUUUUGCAGAUUGCACUUUUUAUUAAUCAAUAUCUGGAAUUACAAAAAGUUCAUGAGAUUAAUCUUUUUUUCUAGGCUUUUAAUCUUGGUUCGAAUUGCACGAUAUGUUCGUACGUGUUAUACCUAAAAGAAUAAAGUUUCAUUUUGUACAUACAUAUCGUAUAUUUUGUAUACUAAGCAAAUAUUGUCCAGUUCUACGUACGAAAAAAAAAUUAUUUUCGUUUUUUAUAUGAACGCGACUGUUUUUCUUGAGAUUUUUGUACACUUUUAAUUCUGUAAAAAAUUUGCAAUUCUAUAAAGCCAAUUAAAAAAUUAGUUUAUUUUAAAAAUGUCGGUAAAACAGGCUUUAGGAUCCUCUUAAAGCUUGAAACUUAAUUCUUUCAAAUGCUUUUUGGCGCUUUCAAUUGUCCUUUUCAAUUAUUUUUUAAAUAAAACUUAUCAGUACAAUGAUAAAGUUUGAUCCAUCAAAAUAAAAAUUUUUAUGCAGUUUCGCUGCAUUAUACGUUAGAAAUCUUAAAAAAAAACAGAUAAAAUGGAUAAAACAGAUAGAAUGACUUAUUGUAAUGAUAGUUUCUUUAUUAGAAAAAUAAUAAAAUAAAGAUCCUCAUUUUUAAUAUAAAAAAAUGUAGAGAGGACUUUCUAUUACUUAUAUCUUAUAGAAGAAUCUUUUCCCUUUAUUCCCUAAUUGAAGAAAUUGUACAACUUGGGGGGGGGGAGACCAAAUUCCCGAAGUUGAAUAAAAAGUGGCUACUUUGACUUCGUUUACAACUCGCGGAAAAAAUCAAUGUAUAGAAUUUCACAAAAAAACGUUACUACUCUGUAUAAAUUGCAAUUCUUAUAUUAAUUGCCAUGAGGUCCUGUAGAUGCUUUACUUUAAUAUAUUAAGACAUCUGAGAAUUUAAGAAUGUUCAAAAAUGAUGUUCUAUUUAGAUCUGUAAUUUGAAACUAUUGUGCCAAGUUUAUAUCCUAAAUUAAUUUAGGAUAAAUAAUUGGAGUAGCUUUUUCUCUUGUCUAGUUGGAAAAUACUUGUUUUAAUAAAUAUCGUGCUCGUACAUCGCAAGAACAUAUAUUGACAUUUAAGAUUGCAUAUGUUGCCUAACUAAUUUUAGCAGAGCUGAAAUAAUAUUGUAAUAUAAUAUAUAAAUCGCAUCAUUACCUACGUAAGUAUAUUUUUUACGGCUUAUUUAGUGACAUAUAAAAAACAUUCUCGAAUUACAAGUAAUUUCCAAUUUGCCAAAUCAAUCAUAUUGCCAAAACAAUAUUACCUUGCGGGCACGAUGAAUUUGGACAUCUGCAGGAUUCUCACCAGCUAUUCUUAUUCUGUAAAUAUGAUGAACUUUGUUAGUCAUUUGAUAUAUUAAUAAUAUAUUUAAUAAUCGUUACAUAUGUAAGUGUUGAAUUAGGAUUGUUUUUAUUUUGAAAACAAAAUACAUGUGGCAUAACAUGAAGCAUCUUAAAACACAAUCAGGAUUUAUUUCGUCCAACAAAUAAUAUUGUUCAAUAAAAACUGACGGCUGUGCAGCUCUGUUGAAUUUAUUUUUUGUGAAAUAUUAAAAAUUAUUUCUAUAUAUGAUAAAAUGAGAUUUAUAAUACAAAGCAUUAUUCUUACGUGAUGUAGAAUUGAUACAAUUGAUUUUAAAAAAUAAAAUACAAAGUUGCGUACGUACAAAAUAAUCGAAAACAUUUUUUACUGCUUUAUAGUUGAUGAAUUGUUAUCAUUGGGACUUGUGAGAACAUGGUAUAUGUUGUAAUAUACGUAGCAUAUGUAUUAUUGAUAUGUUAGUGUGGUAUUGUAAAAUCUCAUUUACUCCUUAUGUAUUAUAUAAACAAUUUGAACAUUACCAACCAAAGUAUAGAACAUACAGUCUAUAUAUAUAAUGUAUAAUAUAUAACAUACUAUAUUUUAGAUUUUUUGAAAUACAUGCAAGAUGAAAUUUUUUAUAAACUAAUACGCUAUUUUGAAUAUAUUUUAUUUUAUCUGAAAUAUACUUUAUACUCUGUAAAAGUUUCAUAUAUAUGAAAUAAUUUUUAUAGUACAAUCUGAAUACAAAAAUUAAUAAAUGUAUAAUUAUAUUUAAUUUGAAAAUGUUAUGUAUACAUAGAAGUAUAUUCUUAGAUUUAAUAUUAAUAUAUACACAAUGUAUAAUAUUUAAGUAAAUUUUCACAAUCUGUAAGUAGUGGAAAGUAAAAUUAUAUAUAAAUAUCUUUCUUUAUUACGUUUUAUACUCGUCAACUGUGGUAUACGGAUAAAAAUUUAUAGAUGAUUUUAUAAAUACAAUAAAACUAUGGAAAAGCUUGCAACAUUGUUAAUAAAACGGUUAAUAUAGUCACAUGAAA